AUGAAUAUUCCAUCGAUAUCAUCAAUUCAUUCAUUUCGUUUAUAUCAUCUUUAUGCAGCUGCUGGUUCUGCUGCAUUUUUUGGUUUUAUAUUUGGUUUUGAAAGUGGAAUUAUAACUAAUGCUUCAUUCUACAUGCAACAUGAUGAAGCUAUGCAACCAAUUAAUCAAACAUUUCUUUAUAUUUUAAUGAUUAUUGCACCUGGAUCAGCAGCAAUAGCUUCUUUAUUAGCUGCACCAAUAAGCGAUCAUUUUGGUCGCAAAAAGGCUAUCAUAAGCGCAAUUGUAUGUGAUACAAUUGGCGCAUUAUUAUGUUCAUUGUCGCUAAAUAAACAAAUGCUUAUUGUUGGGCGAAUUAUAAUUGGUUUUGCGUUAGGUUUUGGAUCGAGCGUUGUACCGGUGUAUAUCAGUGAAAUAUCAUCACCUCAUUGUCGUGGUUUUCUUCUGACAUCAUUUCAAAUGUUUAUUACAUUUGGAUUAGCAUCAGCAAAUAUUGUUGCAGGUAUAUCAUCUCAUGUGGAAUGCAUUUAUGCUAAAUGGCGUUUAAUGCUUAGUUUCACAACUCUUCCAACUUUAAUUCAAUUUUUCGUCUUCUUAUUCAUGCCCGAAAGUCCACGAUGGUUAUGUGCUAAUGAUCAACAAGAUGAAGGCAUUCGAGUAACACAAUGGCUUCAUCGAAAUGAUGAAAAACUUCAACAGGAAGAAAUUGAUCGUUUAAAUAUUUAUAUUGGCUAUAAAGAAAGGCUUAAAGAAAUGUUAGGAGGUGGAUGGCGUGUAAUGCAUCUCACGCGUGACAUGCAUGCAUUGCAGCAAAUAUUACUUGGUUGCAUGUUGCAAAUAUUUCAACAAUUAUCAGCUAUAAAUGCUAUCAUUACUAUUAUUCCAAUGCUAAUCAUCGAACGUUUCGGAAGGCGGAAAGUAUUACUUACUUCUGUGGCAGGUGUAAUUUUUGCGCUUAUUUGCAUGGGAUUUUCAUUUGGAUAUGUUAGCCGUGAUUCCGUAAUUACUCAACCUCUGAAUGCAACUCUUGAAGAUGUCAUUCCGGAUUUUAUUCCGUAUUUCAAGCAUUGUGCUCAGCUUGAAAACUGUAAUUUAUGUACAAAAGACGAACACUGCGGUUUUUGUAUGCCUAAUAAUUUUCCAACUUAUGGCUAUUGUUUACCAAUUGAUCAAAAGGCAAGUGUAAUUGAAUCAAAAUCAUUAAUAGGUCCGUGCUCUUUUGUCAAUAAUUCAAUGAGGUAUGACUGGAUGGAUGACUAUUGCGCCACGGGUUACGCCAUUUUACUUUUGGUUCCACUCGUAACGUUCAUCGUAUUCUUUGCUUGCGGUUAUGCACCAUCUUCAUGGAUUAUUAAUGCAGAAAUUUAUCCGAUGUGGGCACGAAGUAUUUGUGUUAGCAUUGCUGCAUUUUGCAAUUGGUUAUUUGAUAUUAUUGCUUCAACGUCUUUCACUUUACUGAUUAGAAAUAUUGGAAGUGAUUCAGCUUUCUUCAUUUGCGCAGCUCUUACAAUGGUUGCAUUCGUGUUCUUCUUCAUUUUCUUAUCCGAAACAAAAGGCACAAGUUUGGAGGAUUUAGAAAAAACGGCCAAACUUAACAAAAAACCUGCAACACUCGUAUCUUUUACAGUUUGUUCCAAUUCUUUAUUUCAGCCAACAACAUGCGAAGAAAUGCAAUAA